UCAGAUGAAAAUUUUAAUGAAAAUUUUGCCGAUAGCUGUCGAUUAAAGCGGUGUAGUGUAAAAUUGUACAAAAAUGGCUUCGUUGUGUAGACAAAUUGUACGCGGAAACGCCUUAAGAAGUGUUCUGUUUUCUUCUGCCCGACGAGGAUAUGCUGACAAAAUGUUGCCUGAUCCCCUGGAACAUGCAACUGGUAUGGAAAGAAAAGAAUUGAUGGCAUUGCAAGCAGGCAAUGAUGACCCAUUCAAUAUGAAGGUACUUAAGAAAGCAGCUGGCACUCGUGACAAUCCUACACUGGUGCCUUCCUGUUUCGAUGCCCGCAUCGUUGGUUGCAUAUGUGAAGAACACUCCACAACCGUCACUUGGCUCUGGGUACACAAGGGCCACCCUCGUCGCUGCGACUGCGGUCACUGGUAUAAGCUGAUCGAGAAGUCACCAGUCUAAGCGAGAACUACUUUACUAGUUGUAUAAAAUAUAAAAAACGUAGUGAUUUAUAACAUCUGCCUCACCGCAUCGUGAACCGCGCACAGCCAUACGUAAUAACGUGACAAAAUGUUGCCACAUGCAAUAAUUAUAAGAUGCGCCGCUAGUAUCAAGGAUUUACUAAAUCAAAUAACAAAUCCAUAAUUAAAUAAUUUGUAAGCAU